UUUGCUUAGACAUAUCCAAGACUUUGUUCAAUUCCCUUUUGUCUGAGGUGUGUGCAUUCUUGUUUAACUCCUCUUUGUUCCUCAGACAUCCCAGAAGGGAACAAAAAAAAGAAAACCAUAAUCACAAGCAAUAAAGGGGAGAAAACAAACAUGUCAUUCACAGGAACUCUUGAUAAAUGCACAGCAUGUGAUAAGACUGUCUAUGUGGUUGACUUGUUAACUCUUGAAGGAAUUACUUACCAUAAAAACUGCUUCAAAUGCAGCCACUGCAAGGGAUGUCUUACGAUGAGCACAUACUCCUCAAUGGAUGGAAUUCUUUAUUGCAAGACACAUUUUGAACAGCUUUUCAAGGAAUCUGGAAAUUUCAGCAAGAACUUUGCAAAGUCUUCCGAGAAACAAAACGACCUGAAUAGAACCCCCAGCAAGCUAUCUUCCAUGUUCAGUGGAACCCUUGACAAAUGCUCAGUUUGCACAAAAACAGUCUAUCCUCUGGAAAAGAUGACACUUGAAGGGGAAUGCUUCCACAAGACUUGCUUUAGGUGUGCUCAUGCAGGGUGCCCUCUCACACAUUCAAACUAUGCUGCCCUUGAUGGUGUCCUCUACUGUAGGGUCCACUUUGCACAACUUUUCAUGGAGAAAGGGAACUACAGCCAUGUGCUCCAAGCUGCUGCACACAGAAGGACUGGUUCCUCUACACCUCCACUACUAGAGGAGCCAUCAGAAGAGCCAGCACCAGAAUCUCAUGAGGACAAAACAGAAGACACCUCUUGAAUGAAAUUAACAUGAAUUGUUUUCAAUUCCCCUACCCCCCUUCUUUCAGAAUAUUGAGCAAGGUCUUAAUUUGGUUUAUGUUCAGUAAAGUACUCUCAAAACAUUUGUAACAAUAUCUUUUUUAGUUUCAUUGUAAGCUAACUAUUUGAGAGGUUUGUUUAUUAUGUAUUCAAAAUUUUCAAACAAAAGAUUUGAGCAAUGCAAUGUGUUUUUUUUUCCUUUAA